GCUGCUAGCAGUCUGCCAGCGGUACGUCUUUGUGUUUGCAAACAAUUGUUUGCCUACAUCUCGUGUUAUGGUUUCGAAAGUAAAUUCUAUGCAAUAUUCAGGUGAACGGUGUGUGUGUGUUUGUGUGUUUUGUGUUUGGAGUGAUAUCAACGAACUACGAUGCAUCGGGAGCCUUUAAUGCUUUAUAGAAAGUUAUCCAUGAAACAGUAGUACACAUGACAUCUCUAACAGAGGAUACAUAUUCAGAGGUGUGCUGACUGAUGAUAUUCUCACUGCCAGAUCUGAGCUAUGUUGGUGAUGCGAUCAGACUGGGCUAUCAAAUAAUGGGGCAAGCAGUGCUGCACUCUCAUGUUGACCAAGUUGUGGGUGCAGCACAUUAGCAUCAGUGGCUGAUAUAAAGGAAAAGAACACAGUGGACUUGGGGAAACACAGGAUUAAAAUUAUCACAAGGAUGGCUGAAACCAAUCAUUGCAACUUUUUCUUGGAGAAAAAGAACAGAUUCUGCAGAAUGCUUACCAAAGACGGAAGUGACUAUUGUGGUGAACAUCAAACAUUUGCACCUACUGAACUUCAAGAAGUUGCAGACCAAUUUGCUCGAAUGGUGUGCCCCCUAGACAGCAGUCACACCUGCUAUGUUCGCCAUUUAAAAAAACAUCUAAGAAAAUGUAAUGCCAACAAGAAAGAUCCCGUCUAUAUAACUCAUGGACUGAACAGAGGAAGUUCAACAGAUGACGAGAUCCAUGGGUCAACUUUGUGUACCAUUGAUGAUCUGGCUUUAGUGCAGUUAAUUUCUAAAAUAGAAACAGUGUGCACAGGUAUCAUUCCCUCUGUUACUGAACGAUCGUCAGUACAUCCUCGCUUGCAAAAGGAGAUUGAAACACAAGCGGAUGGAGUUAAUUCAAAGAGACAGCUAUCACAAGUGUCUUCACUUUUGUCACUCAUUGAGAAGUUCAAUAGUAUUCACGCGGAUACCUGUUUCCUCGAAUUUGGUGCUGGAAGAGGUAUGCUGACAUAUUGGCUUGGAGAAAUAACUGCUGAAGUACCACAGUCUUCUUUUUUACUUAUUGAACGAUCUGCGUAUCGUCAUAAAUUUGAUGGACGCCUAAGCUCUAAAAGAGACUGUGUUGUAAGAAGAGUGAAAGCUGACAUUGGUGAUCUCAACCUUGAUGAAAUAGAGUUGCUAAAAGAACACCAGCAUCUAGUUGCACUCAGCAAGCACCUAUGUGGUGCUGCUACAGAUAUGGCUUUGAGAUGUAUGACAAUGACAUCUGAAGAUAUUUCUAAGAAGUUUCGUAGUAUAUUUAUAGCUACUUGCUGCCAUCAUCGAUGUGACAUUUCCUCUUAUGUAGCAAUGGAUUAUUUAGUGGAACUGGGUUUUGAAAUUUCUGACUUUAAUGUCAUGUGUGGUAUUACCAGUUGGGCAACAUGUGGCUCUCGGAAGAAUGAGCUAAUUCGCAAACCAGAAGAUUCAGUUGAUAGGUAUGCCCGACUGCAGCUGACACACGAGAAGAGAAGAAAAAUUGGCAGAAUGUGCAAGUUAAUAUUUGACUAUGGAAGAAUCAAAUUUCUAGAGAAAUAUGGUUACAAUGGGGUAUUGACGUACUAUGUACCUGAAUCAGUUUCACCAGAGAAUGUAUGUUUAAUAGCAAUAAAAAACUGAUUGAUUUUAUUAAUUAAAAAGUUA